CCAGGAUGAUGAGUCUGGAGUGUGUUUUAAACGGACUUUUCAAAACUGGAAUAUAGACCCAAGUUUAUUUUGUUGAAGUAUUAUAUUUUGCAAAAAGUGCUGAAAUAACUGGAGUUCGUUCAGAGACCAUUUCUGUGCCUCAAGAAAUCAAAGCAUCUCAGCUGUGGAAAGAGAUAGAAACUCGUCAUCCUGGAUUGGCUGAUGUUAGAAAUCAGGUAAUAUUUGCUGUUCGUCAAGAAUAUGUCGAGCUUGGAGAUCAGCUCCUCCUUCUUCAACCAGGAGAUGAAAUCGCCAUCAUCCCCCCCAUUAGUGGGGGGUAGCACUGUUGAACCAUCUAGGAAAGAAAUGGAUGACGUUGAAGAGAAACCUAAAGACAUAAUAAAGUUCACUACUGAGAAACUUGUGGUGGAUGAAGUCUCACGCCUUGUGAUCUCUCCUCUUUGUGGUGCAGUAUCUCUUUUUGUAGGAACUACAAGAAAUAACUUUGAAGGAAAAAAAGUCGUUAGUUUGGAAUAUGAAGCAUAUCUACCAAUGGCAGAGAGUGAAAUCAGAAAAAUUUGUAGUGAUAUUAGGCAGAAGUGGCCAGUUAAACACAUAGCAGUGUUCCAUCGACUUGGCUUGGUUCCAGUGUCAGAAGCAAGUGUGAUUAUUGCUGCAUCCUCAGCCCACAGGGCAGCAGCCCUUGAAGCUGUGAGCUGUGCCAUCGAUACUUUAAAAGCCAAGGUGCCUAUAUGGAAAAAGGAAAUGUAUGAAGAAUCAUCAUCAUCUUGGAAAACAAACAAAGAAUGUUUUUGGGCCAACAACAAGUAGUCAUAUUUAUAGAACACUUAAAUACUAAAUCUGGCCAACUCUUACUAUUGAUCACAUUUUGAUUGUUCUUCUCCACAAUUAAGAUAAUUCAUUGAUGCAUCAUCACUGAGGCUAUUCCAGUGAGACAAAUUGGAGAAAAAGGAAGCAAAAUGAACUGAUGUGAGUGAUGUGGGGAUGGGAUAAUUUAAAUAUAUUUACAUAUUUACAUAUUUUUAAAUCAAGAGGAUAAUUCAGAUGCAAGGAAUGAUGUCUAUACUUAUGUCUUUCCAUGGCUGAUUUCUAAUUGUAACUCAGCUCAGGCUGAGGUAUGGUCCCUCCCCUCUUCAUACGUCUCAGAGAGUGUGCCCCCUCCCCAGACCGACUUGAUAUUGUAUAUUAUACACUUUUCAGAACUUACAUAGUUUAGAAAAUAAAGAAACACAUGAUUUCAAAAGCUUAAAAGUAAGCCAAGUGCCAGUGGCUUAUACCAGUAAUCCUAGCUACUCAAGAGGCUGAGAUCUUAAGAUGCUCUGGCAGAGAAAUCUGUGA